CUCUGCCCCGCUGCCGCGAGGGAGCGCGGGAAAUCCCGGGUGCGUCUGGAAUUUCGCAGGUGUCGAGGACCAUGGCCACCUCUUCGGUGUCCAAGGGUUGCUUUGUGUUUAAGCCAGACUUCAAGAAGAGAAAGAUCUCUGUGCCAAUAGAGGACUAUUUUAAUAAAGGGAAAAAUGAGUCUGAGGACAGUAAGCUUCGCUUUGAAACUUACCAGUUGAUAUGGCAGCAGAUGAAAUCUGAAACUGAGCGACUACAAGAGGAAUUAAAUAAAAACCUGUUUGACAGUCUAAUUGAAUUUCUUCAGAAGUCUCAUUCUGCGUUCCAGAAGAAUUCAAGAGACUGGGGCUGUCAAAUAAAACUCAGAGAAAUUCCAACUGCUGCUCUUGUUCUAGGUGUGAAUGUAACAGAUCAUGAUUUAACAUUCAGAAGUCUAACAGAAGUCCUUCAGAAUAAUGUUACUCCAUAUGUAGUUUCAUUGCAAGCUAAAGAUUGCCCAGAUAUGAAACAUUUUUUGCAAAAGCUGGCCUCACAGUUGAUGGACUGCAAUGUAGACGUGCAAUCCAAAGAGAAAGAAAGUGUUCAGGUCACCCAGAAAAAGAUACAUUAUUCAAUGGAUUCUCUUUCCACUUGGUAUAUGAGUGUCACACAGAAGACUGACGUAAAAAUGCCAAGAAAAAAGAGGACUCCUCCUAGCCAAUGGCAGUCUCCUCCUGUUGUGCUUAUCUUAAAGGAUAUGGAAAGCUUCACCACAAAAGUACUCCAAGACUUUAUAAUUAUCAGCAGUCAGCAUCUACAUGAAUUUCCACUAAUACUCAUUUUUGGGAUCGCCACGUCUCCUGUUGUCGUCCAUCGGAUGCUUCCUCAUGCAGUAUCAUCUCUAUUGUGUAUAGAACUAUUCCAGUCUUUGUCUUGCAAGGAGCACCUGACUACAGUACUUGAUAAGCUACUUCUUACAACUCAAUUUCCAUUUAAACUAAGUGAAAAAGUGUUGCAGGUUCUGACCAACAUCUUUUUGUAUCAUGAUUUCUCAAUCCAAAACUUUAUAAAAGGACUUCAGCUUUCUCUAUUAGAACAUUUCUAUUCCCAGCCCCUCAGUGUUCUGUGCUGUAAUCUCCCAGAAGCCAAGAGAAGAAUAAAUUUUUUAUCAGAUAAUCAAUGUGAAAACAUCCGACGUCUUCCAUCGUUUAGGAGGUACGUGGAAAAGCAAGCUUCAGAAAAGCAAGUUGCACUGUUGACCAAUGAGAGAUUUUUGAAGGAGGAAACACAGUCAUUACUAGAAAACCUACAUGUUUACCAUACAAAUUACUUCCUGGUUUUGAGAUGUCUUCAUCAGUUCACCUCUUCUCUUCCCAAGUACCCACUGGGUCGACAGAUCAGAGAGCUGUACUGCACGUGUUUAGAAAAGAACAUACGGGAUUCAGAGGAGUAUGCAUCGGCUUUGCAGCUGCUGAGGAUGUUGGCAAAGGAUGAACUGAUGGCCAUGCUUCAGAAAUGUUUCAAGGUUUUUAAGUCCUCUUCUGAAAAGCAGCUUGGCAACACAGCAAAGAGAAUAGAGGAGUUCCUGGCCCAGUUUCAGAGCCUCGAUGCAGAAGCCAAAGAAGAAGAAGAAGAUACUUCUGAGUCACAGUCAAAGGGACUUCAGAAGACAGACCUCUAUCAUCUUCAGAAGUCAUUAUUGGAAAUGAAGGAGUUAAGAAGAGCAAGUAAGAGGCAGACCAAGUUUGAAGUCCUCAGAGAACAGCUUGUGAGCUUCAUCGACAGUCUGGCGCGAGAAUACCUCCUGCUUCCAGAGACACAGCCUCUGCAUGAGGUGCUGUACUUCAGUGCUGCCCACACCCUUCGCCAGCACCUGAACGCUGCCCCGCGGAUCGCCCUCCAUACCGCACUCAACAACCCAUAUUAUUACCUCAAGAAUGAAGCACUGAGAAGUGAAGAAGGUUGUAUUCCAAAUGUCGCCCCAGACAUCUGCAUAGCAUAUAAACUGCACCUGGAGUGCAGCAGGCUAAUCAACCUUGUGGACUGGUCGGAGGCCUUUGCAACAGUUGUGACAGCUGCUGAAAAAAUGGAUGCAAAUUCUGUAACCUCAGAAGAAAGGAAUGAAAUUAUCCAGUAUCCUUUAAAAUCAGUUCUACAGUGUCCAAAAAAAAACGAAACAAACAGCAAAAACAAGCAGGAUGUCAUGCUGCAAUUUUAAACAGUGGUCAGAACAGGCCUGAGAUGACGUUUGAACAAAAAGAUUUAGUCAUGAAGUUUUAUGGAAGAAGUGCAUUGUACACAGCGAACAGCCAAUAACAAAGGUCCUAAGGGCAGUACGCAAGCUGCACUGGAGGAACAGCAAAGGUGGCCAGUGUGGGACACGCAGUGAGCAAGAGGUAAACUUCAAACUGAGUGAGGCGGGGUGGAGGGCAGGUAAGUUAUGGCCCUGCAGACCAUUGUAAAGUCCUUACUGUCUAUAGGUGGGAAUCCAUCUAAGAAAGACUUAGACCUUUAAGGGAUCACUGACUGCUAUGAGAACAGACUGGAAUAGGUUUGGAGACACAAAUAAGGCAAAACAAAGACCAACUUGGAGGUCACUGAAAUCAUCCAAGCAAGACACAAAUGUCUUCAAGAGUAAUAGUAGAGAUGGUGAGAUUUUAGAUGGAUCCAAGAUCGGAUGAAGGAUGUGAGGAAUUCAGGGCUGUUUUUUGGCUGAGAAACUUCUGAAUGUAGAUGCCAUUAGCUGAGGAGAAUUUAAGAGGCAAAAAAAGGAGUUUGGUUUUGGAUGGGUCUUCAGACCUCUUAUUAGAUAUCCAAGUGGAAAGGUCACAUAGGGAGGCGAAUGUAACCAUCUUUAGGAUUAGAUGAGAUUACCAAAGUGAGUAUGAGCAGAGGGGGCAAGGAGCCCAAGGUCAAACUCUGGUUAUGUUUUAAAGUUCAGAGAAAGGAAGACUGGGCCAGCAGCCAGUAAUGGGAGGAGAAUCAGGCAGGUGCGGUUAGUACCUUGCAAGCCAACUGAACAAAGUGUUUUAAGGUCAAAUGUCGAUUAGAUUUAGCAAUGUGGAAUAUAUUGGUGACUGAGUGGUUGAAUAGUGAAGACUAAGCCUGGUAGCCAUCACCUACCAGAUGACCUAACAAGUGUCUAAACUUAUCACUAGUCCAUACUUAUCACACAGAGCCAUACUUUGUGUGAUACACUGUGGAGAUCAUAGCAUCAUCUUAUACAAAAGGUUUAACCUGAAACUAAUAAAUGCUUUAGACCUAACUUCCAGUUUACAGUAAGUGCAAAGGGAUAGGAGAGAUUAAAUUAAUGACAUUAAUUAAUUAAUGACAAAGAAACAUUCAACAAAACAGGCCUAGUUGUUCCAGAAAGUCAGAAUCUUGAUUGAAUCCUACUUUAGCGAGAAAGCUACAAAAGACAUUUUGAGGACAAAUGGGAAAAUCUGAAUAUGGACUAGAUGUUAAAUUAGGGAAGCAUUACUUUAAGUGGGAUAAUGUUAUUGAAGUUAUGUAGGAGAACCCCCUUGUUCUUAGAUGCAUCAUGUAUGCGUUCUUUGAAGCAGUUAAAAAUAUACAUAUAAAGCAAAUAUGGCAAAGUAAUUGUUCCCUUUAAGUGGAUCGUUGGACCAAUCUUUCAGCUUUUAUGUUUUGACUUUUUUCCUAAUAAAAAAAUUUGGUGACAAUAAAAUACACCCAACUGAAAAAAAAAAAUUUGGUGACAAAAGGAGGGGGGAGGGGGAAGAAGAUUGGAAAUUUAGAAAAUCCUUGAGUUCUGCUUCAAAGGUUAUAGAACAGAAAAAUAGGUAAUAGCUAGAGAGGGAUUACAGGAUCAAAAGACUUUUAAUAGCAUGUUUAUUAUGCUUAUGGGAAUGAUCUAGUAGACAGAAAGGAAACGGAGGCAGGAGAGCACUGCUGGCCCUGUCUUUGAAUGAGCUAAUGCUCCUCAGCUAGGGCAGAGGCAGGAGCAGAGAACUGGAGCCCCACCAGUGAGCAGACAAGGACAGGCUCAUGAGGUGCUUGAGCAGGAUAUUCACUUAUUAACACCGAUUACUGUGUAAUUGUGAAGUAAGGGAGUAAAGAGAACCCUAAAAAGGCAACUAUUGUAUAUUCACUGCCAACCCUAGCUGCUUGGAUCAGCUGGGGAGCAUAUUUAAACAGAUUCCAGCUCUUCCCUCCCCACUUCUUUAGUCUUCUAAAGCAGUCUCUGUGGGUAGAACCUGGGAAAGCGCUCCAGUUAAUACUGCUCAUGCAAUCAGUGUCUCAUUUGGAAACCAUUUUCUGUAGGGAUAUAAGGUCUUGCCAUAGGCCAAAGAUAGCUUUGAUAUUUUAAACCUACAAUCUAUUUUUUUCAGAUUGCCUGUGCCUAUUUUUCCUAAUACAAAGAACUAUACCUGGUGAUGUGCCUUGUUAAUAGUGACUUACUGAACACAUUACAGUAACCUGAGUACAGCACCACACCAGCACUGGCUUUUACUGUAAAAGAAUAAGAUGACUGUUAGCACACUAAAUUCUGAAGAUACUUACUUACUAGAAGCAGUUUCAGGGCUCUUUGGGAACUCAAAGUGUGGCUGGUUAUUUGCACUAAUGACCACCUACUGGGUCCGUCUAAAUCUUGGAUUAACUACAUCCAAGAAGUUGCCCACAUUUUUUAUUUUCUGAAAUUACCUCACACACUACUUAAAAUCAGUACGCAGCCUAUGAGCUAGGACUUUUUGCUAAGGUGGACAGCAGAAACUUGGCUGUGGAGGAAAUUUUGUUCUUGAUCAAAGCUGAAUCUAGAAUUAAAACAUAUUACUUGUGGCUCCAUUCAGAUUGCCAGCACCGAUUUCCUUUUAGCAUAUCUUGCCCGGUAAAUAUAAAAACCAGCUCUUUUAUAAAUUUAAAUCUACAUAAAAAUUCACACAUGCUUAUUAUAUAAAAGAAUGUUCGCUAUUUUGGGGUGUGAGAAGGGAUAAAGCAUAUUUAGUCGCUCUGCCCCCCUCCUCCACAUUUAACUUAUUACUGCUUGCAUUCUAAAAUGCUGUCCCACUGCACCAGCAGUUCUCGGCUGGGGACUGUUUUCUUCCCCCAGCCCGGACAUCUGUCAGUAUCUGGAGGCACCUUUUUUGGUUGUCACGACGGGGGGAGGGUGCUACUGGCAUCUAGUGGUUGAGGCCAGAGAUGCUGCUGAACCUCCUACAACGCACAAGAUAGUCUCCCCACAACAAAGAAUGAAUCUGGCCCAAAUUGUCAACAGUGCUGAGGCUGAGAAUUAGUCCAUUAAAAUCAGGUAGAAUUAUCCACCCUACUUAAGGUCAGCCUGCACUAUAUACCAUUGUUUCUCAGGCACUUAAAUGGGCAUAUGAAUUACCUGGGGAUCUUGUGAAAGCCCUAUACCCCUCUUGGCCUUGUUUUAAAGAAAGAAUUGGUGAAAUAUAAUCAUUAAAGUUAAAAAGGAGGAAAAAAAAUUCUUUUUGUAUUUUCCACUAAUUAGGUCAAUUAUAAAUAUUUAUGUCCCAGUAUAUUUAUGACUUAAUUAGUAGAAACAUGCUAAUAGAAUUUAACAAAAGAAUUCACUGAAGUAUUUUUCCUCACUUCAUCAUAGGAAAGCUGUGUUUGGAAAGCAUGUAUAGAAAGGGAAUUAGAUGUGCUGAAUCAUGCUUUCAUAUAGUGUCCUUUAAAAAAGGUAAAAAUUCUAGUUGUUAAAACUGACCUAUUAUUUAACCUAUCAUGCAGUCAGUUAGAAGAGAAACCAUUUGGAGUCAGAACUCAGUUUGUGAAAAUAGCACUCAAAUCUUUGAUUACUUGGUAUGUGAAAAGACUGAUUUUGAAAUCUUAUCAAUUAACUUCACUGAUCCCUGGACAAUGCUUACGUUUAAAACACUGGCUUUAUUCAAAUACUACCCAUCUGUACAUUAAAAACAAGCAGAUUAGAAGUAAAUGUUUUAUUCUUCCAACUAAAUUCCAGUACUACAAGGGCAGUAAAACAAUGAUACACUGGGAAAAAAAUGCAGCAAUAAACAUUUGUUAAAAAGACUGAUAGAAUAAAUAAAAACUACCAAAAAAGGGUGGGGGUAAAUCAUAUAAACCGAUUCUGAAACCCCAAGAAGUCCUGGAGUACAGAAAUGCCCUCCUCCUUCGCUAUUUCACAGGAAGCACUGAAGGCUAUUUGCUUAAUAAUGUCCUGGGAUUACACUCUACAUUAUUAAUAACUGGUUACAGCUUGGUUGUAGUGCACAAUUAAAAUCACACUAACUUCAUCUGAAUUGUCAUUCUACAGUUUUAUUUACACAACCAGUGAAGGGCAUGUUCUUAGAAUACCAGCUUUAAUCCUUUCCAAACAUUAAUAUAAGAAGCCAAAUUGUAAUGAUACAGCAAAUGAGGCCACUGGCAUUAAUACAGGUAGCAAAGGUCCACAUCCGGGUGGUACUGACAUCAAGGAAAUUUCCAAAACCGGUUGCUGCCUAGGAGUGGUUGCCACUGACGAAAGCUUGAAACAACCUGUAUUCACAGGGGGUAUUGGCAUUGCUGCAUGUUGUAACUGGGACCUCUUGCAACAACGCAACAAGGAACAAGGCAGCCCACAAAUGCAGAAAACAUGAUUCAUGAAACAUCUAAAGGGAGAAAAAAGGAAAA